CAAGAGGCCGGUUGUCCCAAACACAAGUCACUGCAUUGGUAGGACUGCUAAUGUGAAAUAUCAGGGUGCAGUUUCUGAGGUAUUUUUGAGAUGCUGCCAUAAAUCUGGAACGUACUCCGGUUGAUCACAGAACUGGACAUGGGCCAGCUCUUCUCAUCAGAGGAAGAACUUUCUCAAGCGAAGGAUGCAAUUGGUUCUAUCCUCUAUGAUGCUAUGUUGGAAGGCGGUGCCAUACCCGACCUCGGAGUCGUCCAUCCCGUCCUUCUGGCCAAUCACAAUGAGGGCUUCGCCACCCAGGCUUCCCUCCAGGAACAACUGAAGCAGCUGCAAGGCGACAUCGGGAGCCGUGCGCCCACCUACCUGAGGGACCUGAUUGGCCGACUGUCGACCUUCUCGGAUGAGCCUCGCCUGGCCGGCCUGGUGGGGCUGGUGGUUACCAUGGUGAUGGACAUGGCCUACACAUCCUCCAAACAGCCAUCAGGUGUGAAGGGGAGGUCAGCGGGGUCAUUGUCGAGCCAGCAGAGAGUGUGGGAGCUGCAGGAGGUGAUGGAGGAGUAUCUGAAGCGCUGCAGGAUCAGCCUGAGUGAUAAAAACAAACUGAUCCAGGACUCCAUCAGACUGGAGGCCCAGCUCAGCCUCGUCCUCACCCAGCUGAAGACUUGUCUGCUGGGAGGAGACUGUGACUCCAGAUCUCUGAGACACUGGGCCAGUGGAGCAGCAUUUCACACCCAGAUGUUGGUUCAUCUGGCUGUUCUUGAGGGCAAAGCUGAGCCUUUAUCUGCCAGAGCAGCUCUGGAGCAAUACAAAGAAGACCUGGCACAGAUUCUACCUGCUUACAGGCGCUACAAGUCGAAUACAAUAAGUGUUGUGAAAUGUCGAGGGGGUCUUAUGGAAGGAUGUGAUGCCUCUGGAGAGGUUUCAGAGGACGGCAACAUGACGGGAAUCACUGUGACGGACAGAGAGACAGGACAGAGUGUGACCAUCCCUCUAUCCAGCAUGGAGACAGAGACAGGGAGAAGAAGGAGGGACUGUGAGCCCGAUGACGCCUCUAAAACAGCGUCCUCCUUCAUGAACCUGGACCUGAUCACCUCAGAUCAAUACGCUCAGGCCUACCUGGACCGCCUCUUCUCCGAUGAAGGACCGGUGGCAGAGCUGCAGAGCUACUUCACCAAAGCUAGCGAGAAUCUGAACACGCUAAGAUGCACAAACAAGAAGAAGCUGAGAAAUGAGACGGAACAAAGCAAAGGGGAGCAUCUUAAAGACCAGACAGAAGGAACAAAAGCAGAACAAAGAGUGGAAAGUAGAGGAAGACGAGAGGACACGGAGGAAUGCCGUCAAAGGGAUGAAAGUUUGAAACUGAGUAUUGUGGAGACGCAGCCUGAAGAAAGCUUCAACCACAGUCAGGACGAUGCAACAAGCGAAUAAAAGCACAGCAGCCACAUCACAGGAGGUCCAUCCUCUACUGAAGAAGAGCUACACUCAGAAACAUGAAGCAAUUCUGCAUUUUGAGGUGGACGUUUUGAACCAGAUGAUUAGCUUUAUUAAAUGUUCAUGAGAAAAACAAAGGUGUCUGGUAGUCUGUGAAGUGUAACACUUGACUCAUUUUUAGUCGCACAAUGAGUGAUAAAUUGAAGGAAAAACCAACAUAGCGUGUCUUACUCAGGUCUUCUGCCACCUUUUCAUUACUGCAAGUUACUGACACUCUAGUAGAAGGAUGGAAGACUAAUACUUCCCACAGAUCUUUGCUCAUUUGAUGUUUUGAUGAUGGAGUCUAACACUUUGAAGGCCACAGCAUGAUUCACAUCAUUUUUAUAGUCCUCAGCUCAUCCAAUGACCCUUCAUGCCCUCUAAGUGGGAACACUGUCAUCCUGGAAGAGAACACUCCCAUUAGCAGAGAAAUGUUUCCUCAUAGUAUAGACAAGAUCACUCACAACAACUCUGCAUUGAUUUUGCAGUGAGUUUUUCCUCAAAGGGACCAAAUGCCCACAGAAUGCCCCCACAGCCCAACCGAGCCACCGGAUCACCUCACUGUAGGGGUAAACAGUUCAGGUUUUUCCUGUAACUCAUUGCCCAUGGGUAGCUACAGACAAGUCAUCUGUGCAAACCCAAGAUUUCCCUUCUGUUAACGGAAUCAAAUAGAAAAAGGAUGCUGUUAUGAUUCCAACCUCUAGGGUCAGCUGGAUGGAACAAAAAUCACCACGUUAUUGGUUUGGGAAAGCAAUUUGUUAGUGGCAAAUUAACACAAAAGGAUAGUGAUAAUACAAAGAAAACAAGACCGGUGGGUGCUGCUAAAUCAGAGAACCAAAUAAAACCAAAUGAAGGCUAACAGAGUUUACAAACCAGCUAAAGAAAUACAAAACAACUUAACCCCUUAGCCAAAACCAAAACACAGUAGCAACACCCACCACAAGUAACAGAAACCAAUAAAUGAAUGAAUAGUGCACGGAACUAACUAGACAAAACUAGUGCCUCUAAUGACACACAUUUAAUACACAAUAUACGAAGACUGAAGGUGCGAAUAGCUUCUAAUGAAGUUAGCGGACUGCUAACGGGAGCUACAAUUUCCACUGAGACUGGAGGCUCCUCACCAAAUCAGCAUCCGCCAACAGAAGCUCUAAAUGUCCGUAGUCACUCCUCAGUGGAUACAGAAUUAAGGAUUAAACGGUGUUAAAACAUGAAGCCAACAGACAAGAAAACUGUGGUUCCUCAAAUGGCCGCUUGAUAUUGUUUUCAAAAGCAAGUCAGUCAGGUUCACGACAAAACACAACAAAGACAUCAAAAUUGAUGUGCAAAGGUAAUAAAAUGAAAAUGUCAAAACACUAAGAACAAGUCCUAAAAGAUCAUAUUUCCAUGGUAUUUAAAAGACGUUUGAAGUCCUCCAGGGGAAUCAAGUUGGACUCUUCAGACUCUGCUGUAUUGAGUUCCAGGUUGAGGCAGCAGAUUAAAAAAAAAGGGUGUUUGCCGAGUUCUGUGCGGACCGAGGGGACGGUGGAAGUAAUGAAGUCCUGGGAACGUAGACCAUUGCUGAACUCUUUAGGUGACAUGAAGGCUCCACCUCACUUUUUGCUCAGAAGUCAGGACCUACCAAAAUGGUGAAGUUACCUCUCUUAACUUCAAAACUUAAACCUACAGUUGACGUUACUGGGAGUUUGCCAUCUUUAUAUACAGUCAUUCAAUGCAGACCUUAUAUUUCGGGUCCGAGCACCAAAUGGUGUGAAGACCAUAUUGAAACCCAUGGAUUUAUUAUUUCAAACAUUUACUACGGAGAGUACGUGUCACUUACAGCUAUGAAAUUUGGUAGACAUAUGUAACUCCUCAAGACGCACAAAAAUGUAAUUGACAACCAUACCCAAAACACAACAGGAAGUCGGCCGUUUUGAAUUAUGUGUCAUAUUUUGGACGAUUUUGGACCAAUUUUUGCACUUUUUCAAAAGCUCUAAACUCAAUGAGGGUAACUCCGACAGAGCUGAAAUUUGGCCAGGAUGUACAGCAGGCAUGGGUGAUCAAAAGUUAUUAAAAUACUCCGCAAAAGUCUGAGGGUGUGAAAUGGCGGCCCCCAGAAUUUCGACAUUUCGCCAUGAAAGAGGAAAUGCUGUGUAACUGGCCUGUAGAUGCUCUAAUCUGCCUCAGCCUUUACAUGUGUGAUCAGAGUCUGACCCUCAUCACAUCCAUAGGCCAAAAUACACUCUCAGUUGCAGCGCCACCUGGUGGACAUGCUUCGAUUCACUGACCAGCAAGGAUACAAGGACCCGAUCAACGCUGCUUUACUGUUGGAACCUACAUAGAAGUUGGUUAUGUUGAUACAUCUGGCAGUAAAGUGACUUUUCACACCAGUUAUUGUGGAAGGAUCAGAGUGCGCUGGCAGCAUGUGGUGCAAAUGUCCUCCUGUUAGCAUCUUAGCAACACCUCCACCUUUACUGUCAUGUGGAUGCAGGAAGUGUCAGCACCACCUCUGCACUCAGCCCACAGCAGACAGGAACAUCAGAUUCUUUGAGAUCUUUAGCCCGUAUUUGGACAUGGCAUAUUUUCUGAUGUGAAUUAAGAGGUUUGCAGUCAGUGUUGGAGCAGCGUAACCAUGGCAAAACACGUUUCCAUGGUUACUGAUUGCUGCAUAUUUCUUGUUUGGUGUUUGCUUAUAAAUGUAAACUUCACCUUGAAAUAAAAUAAACACACUGAUGUGAA